CAAGGGAAUGCAGGACAGGACCUUCGCACUGUUCUUUUUCUUGCACGCUGCGGUUUUCAGGCACGGACUCAGGGUGUCACUGUUGGCCAAGGCGGAGAAGCUGCUCAGGCGUCGGCUCCUCCCCGGCGCCCGCGUAUUGCUGCUCCGCACUGCGCAGAGCAGAGAGAAAAGCAGGAACCGCUCGACUCAGCCCGUCCUCCGAUCUGCAACAGGGAUUUCUUAUAUUUAUUUCUCUCGAAUACUGGUUCAGCUACUCGGAAAGGCUAAUUUUUACCCGUCCACAGAAUACCCUUCAGGAAGGAAGGGAAUGGAGGUCAGAUCGGCAGCGCAGGGCCGGGCAGGCGCUGGGCGGGUCGCGCUGCUGGCCGCGGUGCUGCUGUGCGUGUGGGGCCGGGCGGCGGCCGAGCGGCUCCGCUACGCCAUCCCCGAGGAGCUGGGCAGAGGCUCGCUCGUGGGGCCGCUGGCGCGGGACCUGGGGCUCAGCGCGGACGAGCUGCCGGCGCGCAAGCUGCAGGUGGCGUCUGCCGGCAAGAAGCAGCUGCAAUACUUCACGGUGAGUGAGGAGAACGGGAACCUGUACGUGAACGAGAGGCUGGACCGGGAGGAGAUGUGCGGCGCGUCGCCGACCUGCUCCGUCAGCUUCGAGGUGAUGGUGAAGAACCCGCUGAACGUAUUCCAUGUCGAGGUGUCCAUUGAGGACGUGAAUGACAACACCCCAGUUUUUAGUAACGCUGCUCUGGACCUCGAGAUUGGUGAAUUAAUCCCUCCUGGUGCUCGUUUUCCUUUGGAAAUGGCACGAGAUGCGGACUUAGGAAGCAACUCGCUGCUGACUUACCAACUCACGAGCGACCCGUCCUUCUCACUGUCAGUGAAAGAAAAGGCGGGCGGAAAGAAGCAGCCAGAAUUAGUACUGGAGAGAGCUUUGGACAGGGAGAAGCUGAGUUCCUUUGAGCUGGUGCUGACAGCAGUGGACGGUGGGGACCCCGCAAGAUCCGGGACUGUCCUGGUUCGCAUCAACGUGACGGACGCAAAUGACAACCCCCCUGUGUUCAGCAAAAGCGUAUAUGAGGCACGAGUGGCAGAGAAUUUGCCAGUGGGAUCUUCAGUGCUGCGGGUGCAAGCCACGGAUGCGGACUUGGGCUCAAAUGGGCAAGUUUCCUACUCCUUCAGCAACGUCCCAGAGGAGGUGCUCUCAUUGUUCUCUAUCGAGAGCGAGAGUGGAGAGAUCAGAACUGUGGGUCCUCUCGAUUUUGAGGAGGAAAAAAAAUACGUUUUUGGCGUGGAGACGACGGACGGUGGCGGGCUCACUGAUCAUUGUGAAGUGCAGAUCGAUAUCACGGACGAGAAUGACAACACGCCCAAAAUCACGAUUCUUUCACUGUCGAGCCCAGUGCCUGAGGACGCUCCGGUGGGCACCGUGGUGGCCCUCCUGAACGUGAACGACCCGGACUCCGGCGAGAACGGUCAGGUGUCGUGUGAGCUGUCGGGAGAGGCGCCGCUGUCGAUCGUGGCGUCGUUGGGCGGCUCGUAUAAGGUGGUGACGGCGGGUGCACUGGACCGAGAGCAGGCGUCCGAGCACCGCGUGACAGUGGUGGCCCGGGACCGGGGCAGGCCGGCGCUGUGGAGCAGCACGGAGCUGGUGCUGGAGGUGUCGGACGUGAAUGACAACGCGCCGGUGUUCGAGGAGGCGGCGUACAGCGCGUACGUGGCGGAGAACAACGCGGCGGGCGCGCUGGUGCUGCGCGUGCAGGCGCGGGACGCGGACGCGGGCGCCAACGGGCGCGUGAGCUACUGGCUGGCGGGCGGCAGCGUAUUCUCUGUGUAG